AUGACUGAAAACAUUCCGACACCGGUGGCUCCGACGUACAAUCAGUUAAUCGAGGCGGUGCGCACGUUAACCGAAAGGUUACAAGUACUCGAGAGUGCCUCUUCUUCACAACACACUCAACCACCACAACCUCCAAUACAGAACACCAUUCUCUCCGCAGCCUCCUCACUCGACUACCGCAUACUUCCGGAUGUGGGAACGUCCAUCUGGUCGUUCACCGGACACGAGUCGAGCACCCAAGCGGAAGAUUGGAUCAGCUCUGUGGAUGGGACGGCUCAGGUCAACCAGUGGCCAUUGCGGCACCGUUUACAAUACGUUCGAUCGAACAUCUCGCAAGCCGCGCGGAGUUGGUUCCUGUUGGAAGAGUUCCGGGAUUGGGACACCUUCGUCCAGAGGUUCAGAACCACGUUCGUGCGCACGUUACGUAAGGCCGAUUUGUGGCGUGAACUCGAAGCCCGAACUCAAGAGCCGAACGAAUUAACCAUCGAUUAUUUUUAUGCGAAACUCGGGAUGUGCCACUCGCUUGAUUUGACGUUCGCAGAUACGCGGGAAUAUGUCAUCGAGGGACUCAGGUCGCAACCGCUUACCGACUGGGUCUACGGUCGCACUCAUUCCCACCACGACGAUCUCUUAUCGGAUAUUCGAGAUUGGGAACGAAUGCGUGCCAAGAGAAAAGAAAAAUUCGAGGCCGCCGGGCCGACGUCUACCAAACCACGCAAACAGAGGUUUACCACCGAACAGUCGAGUGCGAAAUCGACUAGCGUCGCACCCGCUGUUCUGCCGAAAAUGACGUCCAGCACGGUCGUUGAGUCGUCGACGUCCGUGCCUGAAUCGAAAACCGACGCGUCGAGGGGCCGACCGACGAUUUAUUGUUAUAAUUGCCGUGGCGCGGGACACAUCAGUAGGGAUUGCCCGAAACCACGACGGCCGAUGAAGUGCUCUAACUGCAACUCCAAUCAGCACACACGCGGUCGAUGCCCGGAGGUCGCUGAACGGUCCGAGGGUACGUCUGCCGCCGACCAUGCGUACCGUGUCGACGCAAACACGAGCACGAGGCCGAAGAAUCCGUUUUCAAAAACCGUGCUGGUCAACGGACAUGCCGUGUCCGGCCUGAUCGACUCGGGCAGCUCCGCGGUGUUGAUACGUAUAUCGAUAGCCCACGAGUGCGGUAUCGCCGUACGCGACGCCGUGUGUCCGCUCUACACGGUAGGAAAUGCCGAUCAGCCUAGCGCGACGACAAUCGGCGAAGGCUUCGCCGACGUCACCAUUGACGAUGUGCUGGGAGCUGACCACGUUUUGAAGGUUGUGCCUGACAACGCGAUACCUGUUGACGUGUUGGUUGGCCGCACGUGGCUCGACCUUCCGCACGUCAAUUAUUCGAAGCGAGCAGGCGAAAUUGUUUUUGAAUCGAACAGUUGUGUGUCUGUCGACGCUCUCGCCGAGACGUAUGUCGCCGGCGACGACGAAAUCUACGUCGCGGAAACCGAACAACAGCCGCCCGCGAAGGAACCCAUCACAGUCGACGACGUUGUGUUUGACACCAACGUGACGGAGGUUCAACGUGAAUCGUUAGUCGAGUUACUAAACGAAUAUCGCGACGCUUUCGCGAAGAAUAUUAAGGAGCUCGGCUGUACGAAUGUAAUUUCGAUGGACAUUACGGAAAUUCCUGAUAGCACUCCGGUUAGUCUAAAACCAUACCGAACGUCGCCCUCCGACCGCCGCUUGAUCGCUGACACGAUCCGAGACUGGAAGGAAGCAGGCAUUGUGAGCGACUCGACCUCUCAGUACGCCAGCCCAGUGCUCCUCGUUAGCAAGUCGUCGGGUGAGAAGCGACUAUGUGUGGAUUACCGACGUCUGAACCAACAAACCACGAACCAGCCAUACCCGAUGCCCGACGUGGACUCACAGCUCGGUGCAUUGUCUCAUGGCGUGAUUUUCACAGUCCUGGAUUUAUCCAAUGGAUUUCUGCAGGUGCCGCUUACCCCCGCGGCCAAAGACAAAACAGCGUUCGUCACCGAAGAGUCGACCGCCAAGUUUGAGCGCAUGCCUUUUGGGUUAAAGGGUGCACCGGGGACGUUCCAGAAGAUGAUGGGAAUCGUUUUCGAAAAUUUGAAGAAGGACGGAGUUCUAAGCACGUAUCUGGACGACAUCAUCCUACCGUCGAAAAAUUGGGAACUCAUGAUGAGCGACCUGC